AUGCCUUCUGCCCGCCGGAAUAUGUUCGCCAAAAUCCUUUUGUCCGCCGCCAGCCUCCUGCUCGCUCACCUGCUGCGUUUCCUCUGCUCUCUGAUGCAAUUCAUUCCAGCGAGGAAUUGGGUGCCUGAGCCCCUGGCCAUGGGGAACCAAGCAGCUGCAUGGAGCAAGGAGCCCAGCACGGGCACUUCCCGGCACUCCCAAGGUUUCAAGAAUUACCUGCCCAGCCCAGCCAAGGAGCAAAUCCUGUGCCACAGACCCAAGGGGCUGCAAUGCAUCUCCCCCUUAGUGCAGAGCGUGGAGGAGACCCCCGAGCCCAUCCCAGCCAAGAUCAAGGGACACAUCCCCAAAUGGAUUAAUGGAAAUCUGCUGAGGAAUGGCCCUGGCAAGUUCGAGUUUGGCAAUGACAAGUUUAACCACUGGUUUGAUGGCAUGGCCCUGCUGCACCAGUUCCAGGUGGCCCAGGGCAGGGUGAGCUACAGGAGCAGGUUCCUGCAGAGCAGCUCCUACGUGAGGAACAGGCAGCAGAGCCGCAUCGUGGCCUCCGAGUUUGGCACCUUGGCCAUGCCAGACCCCUGCCAGAGCCUCUUUGGGCGUUUCCUGUCCCACUUCGAGCCCCUGAAGCCCAGUGAUAACUCCAAUGUGAACUACGUGCUGUACAAAGGGGAUUAUUACGUCAGCAACGAGACUGUCUUCAUGCACAAGGUGGACCCAGAGACGCUGGAAACGAAGGAAAAGGUGGACUGGAGCAAGUUCAUUGCAGUGAAUGGGGCCACAGCUCAUCCCCACUACGAGGCUGAUGGGACAACCUACAACAUGGGCAAUUCCUACGGGAAGCACGGAUCCAGCUACAACAUCAUCAGGGUCCCCCCACAGGAGUCAGGCCACGGGGACACGUUGGAAGGAGCCAAAGUGCUGUGCUCCAUCCCUCCCAUGGACAGGGCAAAGCCAUCCUACUACCACAGCUUUGGAAUGACUGAAAACUACAUCAUUUUCAUCGAGCAGCCCCUCAGGAUGAACCUGUUGAAGAUCAUCACCUCCAAGCUCCGUGGGAAAGCCAUUUUUGAUGGGAUAAGCUGGGAGCCCCAGCACAACACCUAUUUCCACGUGGUCAACAAGCACACUGGGCAGGUGCUGCCAGGGCCGUGGUGCUCCAAGCCCUUCGUGACCUUCCACCAAAUCAACGCCUUCGAGGAGCGGGGCUGCGUGGUGCUGGACCUGUGCUGCCAGGACGAGGGCACCAGCCUGGCCCUGUACACCCUGCAGAACAUGAGGAGGAGUGGGGAGGGGCUGGACCAGGUCUAUGCCUCCAUUCCCAGAGCCUUCCCUCGCCGCUUUGUUCUCCCUCUGGACCUGGAUUCAGACACACCCGUGGGGAAAAACCUGAACCCACUGCCUUAUAGCCAGGCAAAGGCUGUGAAAGGUGCAGAUGGCAAGGUCUGGUGCACACAUGAAAAUCUCCACCCUGAGGGCUUUGAGAAGGUUGGGGGCCUGGAGUUCCCCCAGAUCAAUUACAGGGGGUACAAUGGCAGGAGGUACCGCUACUUCUAUGGCUGUGGAUUCGGGCACCUGGUGGGAGAUUCCUUGAUCAAGGUUGAUGUGGAGACCAAGAAUUUCAAGAUUUGGAAGGAGGAGGGAUCCUACCCAUCAGAGCCUGUGUUUGUGCCAGUGCCUAAUGCCACGGCAGAGGACAGCGGAGUCAUCUUGUCUGUGGUGGUCUCCCCCACUGAGAACCAAAGUGCUUUCCUGCUCGUGCUGGAUGCAGAGACCUUCCGGGAGCUGGGGCGAGCAGAAGUCGGGGUGCCAAUGCCUUACGGGUUCCACGGCAUCUUCAGUGCCCACUGAGGAACUCCCGGGCACCUCCUGGGACUCAGGGCCGAGCCAGGCUCAGGUGAAAGCUGCUGCUUUCACCCCCCACCUUCCCCUCACUUCUGGGACGAAGGAGCUGCUUUUUCUCCACCGUUACCUCCUGAAUUCCUAACAAAAUGCAGCCAAGGAAGGCAGAAGCCCCUUCGCACCCACAGCCCACUGUUUUAUCUACAUUUUUGCCACUAUCUUGCUAGACCAGCUGUAGCAGCAGUUCACAAAGGACGCCAGGGUGAGGCUUGCAAGGGAGAAAAUGGAAUCUGAGGUGAUGAACCCUUCCUUUGGCAGCAAUGUGCUCUGAGGGGAAGAGACCUUCAACGCUUUGGCUGGAAUAUGUAAAGCAGAAGAGAGGAGUAAAACCCAACAGGUGACAGGUGGGGCCAGUGAAGGGGAGGAAAUCCCUUCACUGCAUCAAGGCUGCCUUCAGGGGACUCCAGGGGGUAGAUGCAGACACUCACAGAAGUUGUGUGUGUGCUUUUUUUGUACCAUAGCAGUGCCCUCCAAUAAAACCUUGGGAACUUUUUCCUUUCUUUCCUUGCCCUCACACAGUCUUGUCGAUGUGGGGAACAUCUCCAGAGCAGGACACAGCUCUGCUGGCUGAUAGUUCCUGCCUUCCUCCCAGUUCAACCAGUAGGAAACACCAGUAGGAAACACAGAGGGCUCCACUAUGGCCUCGGCAUCUCUUUGGGGUAAAGCAGAGCAGAACAAACUCCAGCCCCCUGUGUCACCCAGGCUGCUGAGCUCUGGGGUGUAGGUGCAUGGAUGAAAAGUGAAGACUUCUAUUUCUCCAUUGUCACAAGACCAAAGAAUUAUUUGAAUCAUUUCCUUGAGUAAUAAACGAGCCCUGUCACCCUUGGGGCUUUAC